GAGAAAGAAGAGCGGAGAAAUGGACACCACGCCAUGGUGAAAGUACACGAACCGGCCGUUUGCGGUGUUUUUUCGCCGGCCAGGUGGACGAGAGUGAGAUUUGGUCGACCUUUGUCUAUCGCGGUGCAUGGAAGUGGGAGUACGAACAUGCCUUGCACCUCUACAACAAAGAGUUGCCAGUGGUUCUCUUGCUUGACUCGGUCGGCUACAUCCGAUGGCAUGCAGUGGGCCUGCCCACGGAGGAGGCCACCGAGACCUUCCAGACCUUGGCCAGGAGGUUAGCGCACGAGAAGCGAAACUUCACCUGAGCAACCCCGGAGCCAGAAAAGGGAACCGUG